GCAGCGACCAGCGUAAAACCAAGCGCCAGGCUCAUGAAUGAGAGACACAGACUUUACCGCCAGGGAGCAUAAACGGAGUUCCGGAGAAAAUGUUGACUGGAGACUCUGAAUGAUUCAGUUUUAGACUCUUUCUUUGUCUUAGACAAGCUUGUAAUGUCCACGGUUCGGGAGAUGAAAUUGUUUUCUGGGCAGAACGCAUCCAGAGCCAAACAGAGGCUCCCAUUAAAUCAGUGAUUGCACCAAAUCGGUUCAAGUUUUUGUCUGCGUGGAGUAAAAAUUUACUCCCUCCCGCCAGAGAGCACCGAUGAUGUCUCUAGUGGUUCACCUGAAGACGGUGGCUCACCUUCGGGGGAAAGGUGACAGGAUCGCGAAAGUUACAUUCAGAGGUCUGCCCCUCUACAGCCGAGUAGCAGAGAACUGCGAGGAAGUGGCUUACUUUAAUGAGACUUUUCGAUGGCCCAUUGCCAGCAGACUUGAUGAAAAUGAAAUGUUGGAGAUCCAAGUCUAUAAUUAUAGCAAAGUCUUCUCAAAUAGACUGAUAGGGACUUUCUGUAUGGUGCUCCAGAAAGUGGCUGAAGAGGGACAUGUAGAGCUGACAGAUACCCUGAUUGAUGACAACAACACAUCAAUAAAGACCAAUGUCACUAUCGAUAUCCGAUAUCAGUCGAUGGACGGCACAGUAGGAAUGUGGAGUGAUGGAGAGUAUCUGGAUGUUCCUGAUGACCGGGAUGGGAUGUUUGCCUUUGAAACAGACAGCUUACUUUCAGGACAGAGCCACGGAUCAGGCACCUCUCCCGGCCGGUCACUGCAGGGGUCCAUACCAACCUUCCGGAAAGCAGGGAGAGGAGUUUUCUCAGCCAUGAAACUUGGAAAGACAAAAAGCUCAAAAGAUGACCAUAGGAGAGCAGAUGAACCAGCAAUCCUGGAAAUGGAAGAUCUGGAUAAGAAAGCCAUGCGUCUUGCUGGAAUGCUAGAGCCGGACACCAUAUCUUUGGCAUCUGUGACUGCCGUCACAGCCAAUGUUUCCAAUAAAAGAUCAAAGCCAGAUAUCAAGAUGGAACCAAGCGCUGGACGACCAGUUGAUUACCAGAUCAGCAUCACAGUGAUCGAAGCUCGACAGCUAAUAGGUCUAAACAUGGACCCUGUGGUGUGUGUGGAGGUUGGAGAUGACAAGAAAUAUACAUCCAUGAAGGAGUCAACCAACUGCCCAUACUUUAAUGAGUAUUUUGUGUUUGAUUUCCACGUCCCUCCUGAUGUCAUGUUUGACAAGAUCAUCAAGCUCUCGGUCAUUCAUUCUAAAAACCUUUUAAGAAGUGGAACAUUGGUGGGAACAUUUAAGAUGGAUGUUGGGACUGUUUACUUUCAGCCUGAACACCAAUUCUACCACAAAUGGGCCAUCCUGUCUGACCCUGAUGACAUCACAGCAGGGUCCAAAGGAUAUGUUAAAUGUGACAUUGCCGUUGUUGGGAAAGGGGAUAACAUCAAGACCCCACAUAAAGCCAAUGAGACCGAUGAAGACGACAUAGAGGGAAAUCUCCUCCUUCCAGAAGGCAUCCCGGCAGAAAGGCAAUGGGCAAGAUUUUAUGUCAAGAUCCACCGGGCUGAGGGACUUCCUAAAAUGAACACCAGCAUAAUGGCGAAUGUGAAAAAGGCUUUCAUUGGAGAAAACAGAGACCUUGUUGACCCCUAUGUUCAAGUGCAGUUUUCUGGGCAAAAGGGAAAGACAUCGGUCCAGAAGAGCAGCUACGAACCAAUCUGGAAUGAGCAGGUCAUCUUCACAGAGCUAUUCCCUCCUCUUUGCAAAAGGAUCAAGGUACAGAUUAGAGACUCUGAUAAGGUCAAUGACGUUGCCAUAGGAACCCACUUCAUCGAUCUACGGAAGAUCUCAAAUGAUGGUGAUAAAGGUUUUUUGCCCACCCUUGGUCCAGCCUGGGUCAACAUGUACGGUUCCACCCGCCAGUACACACUGAUGGACGAGCACCAGGACCUAAAUGAUGGGCUUGGCGAAGGUGUAUCCUUCAGAGCUCGCCUCCUUAUCUCUGUAGCUGUGGAAAUCCUGGACACCACAUCACCUGAAAUCAUCAGCUCGACUGAGGUUCAAGUUGAACCUAUUUCCAACAUCUCAGAGAGUGCAACAGGAAAAAUGGAAGAGUUCUUCCUGUUUGGUUCAUUUCUGGAGGCUACUAUGAUCGACAGAAAGAUUGGUGACAAACCAAUAAGCUUUGAAAUUACCAUAGGGAAUUAUGGCAACCAGAUAGAUGGAGUGAGCAAGUCUUCCUCUGUGAAGAAGAAAAAGAAAGAAGGCGAGAAUGGAGAGGAGGAAAAUGAACUGAUCCAGAACUCCAGUGAAGAUGAGGAUGACGAUGAUGGGGAACUGACCUCAGUCUCCUCAACGCCUCCCAUGAAGCCCUUUAUCACAGACAGAAAUUACUUCCAUCUGCCCUAUUUUGAGAAAAAGCCUUGUGUCUACAUCAAGAGCUGGUGGCAGGAUCAGAGGAGGCGACUUUAUAAUUCAAAUAUGAUGGAUAAGAUUGCAGACAAGUUGGAAGAGGGCUUAAAUGAUGUUCAGGAGAUUAUUAAGACAGAGAAGGCCUUUCCGGAGCGAAGACUCAGGGGAGUUUUGGAGGAGCUCAGUAUUGGCUGCAGUCGGUAUUUGACACUUGCCAACAAAGAUGUAAACCUGUCAGGCAGAACGAAGCUUGAUCGAGAACGGCUCAAGUCAUGCAUGAGAGAGAUGGACAGCAUGGGGCAGCAGGCCAGGCAGAUUCGCACACAGGUGAAGAAAAACACGGUCAAAGAAAAACUUAAGCUGGCGCAGAACUUCCUGCAGAGGCUCCGUUUCCUUGCUGAUGAGCCUCAGCACAGCAUCCCAGAUGUUUUCAUCUGGAUGAUGAGUAACCACAAGCGCAUCGCUUAUGCCCGGAUUCCUUCCAAAGAUAUUCUGUACUCCGUGGUGGAUGAAGAGACUGGGAAAGACUGUGGGAAAGUCAAAGCCGUCUUCCUCAAGCUGCCUGGGAAGAAAGGUUUUGGUCAUGCUGGCUGGACAGUUCAGGCUAAACUGGAGUUAUAUUUAUGGCUUGGCCUUAACAAGAACAGGAAGGAAUUCCUAAAUGGUCUCCCAAAUGGUUUCGAAGAGAUUAAAGCAACCAAAACAGGCCAGUCUGUGCCUCCAGUUACUCUCGUCUACAACAUGAAGCAGGUCUUCCAGCUGAGAGCUCACAUGUACCAAGCCCGCAGUCUGUUUGCUGCUGACAGCAGUGGGCUUUCAGAUCCCUUCGCUAGAGUUUUCUUCUCUGCACAAAGCCAGGUUACUGAGGUUUUAAAUGAGACCCUCUGCCCCACGUGGGACCAGCUGCUAGUGUUUGAUGAUGUGGAGCUGUUCGGAGAGGCUACUGAGCUGAGAGACGACCCUCCAAUCAUUGUGGUUGAAUUCUAUGACCAAGACACUGUGGGUAAGGCAGAGUUCAUAGGUCGGACGUUUGCAAAGCCCACCAUUAAGAUGUGUGAUGAGCCCUACGGGCCCCCAAGGUUCCCCCCACAGCUGGAGUAUUACCAGAUAUACAGAGGGAACAACACUGCAGGAGAGCUGCUGGCUGCUUUUGAGCUACUACAGAUUGGUCAAGGAGGCAGAGCUGACCUUCCUCCACUUGAAGGUCCAACAGACUCAGAGCGUGGACCCAUCCUUCCUGUGCCACUGGGAAUACGUCCAGUCCUGAGCCGCUAUCGCAUAGAGGUGCUAUUCUGGGGAUUAAGGGACCUGAAAAGAAUCAACUUGGCCCAAGUUGAUCGACCCAGGGUUGAUAUUGAGUGUGCAGGUCGAGGAGUUCAGUCGGCCCUCAUUCAAAACUACAAGAAGAAUCCUAACUUCAGCACCUUGGUCAAAUGGUUUGAAGUGGACUUGCCAGAAAACGAGCUGCUCCAUCCUCCUCUUAAUAUUCGGGUUGUGGACUGCAGAGCAUUUGGACGCUACAUCCUAGUGGGGUCCCAUGCUGUUUCCACCCUGAGACGCUUUAUCUACAGUCCUCCAGAUAAAAGCUGCAGCAAUUGGGCCUCUGCAGGUGACAUCGCCCUCAACCUAGAAGCAGAGCCUCCUAUCCGAAAGAUGGACACAGUUGUCAAGUUGGAUGCUAUGUCUGAUGCUGUUGUAAAAGUUGACAUGAGUGAAGAAGAGAGCGAUAAAGAAAAAAGGAAGAAGAAAAAGAAGAAGAAGGGAGGAUUGGAGGAGGAGGAAGAGACAGAUGAAAGAGUGCUGGACUGGUGGUCCAAAUAUUUUGCUUCCAUUGAGACGCUGAAGGAGAACCUAAGAUCCCAGGAAGCAGCUCAGACAGAAGCAGAGGACAGAGAAGACCUUGAGAUAGCAGCUCAGGGAGCAGAUAUCAGACCUGAUGAGCUCCAUCUAAAAGGCUCCAGGAUGAAAGAAAGGUUCAAGGACAAGAAGAUCUCCAAGGACAAAAAGAAAAGUCAUGCUGCGGACGCCUCUGAGAAACGGCCUCCUAAAACAAGAGUGGAAGAAAUGAUGGUGUACAACAAAGAGCUGGAAAGUGAGUAUGGAAACUUUGAGGACUGGCUUCACACUUUCAACUUAUACAGAGGAAAAGCCGGAGAUGAUGACGAACACGCCCUGGAUGAUGACAGGAUUGUGGGCAGAUUCAAGGGCUCCUUAUGUAUGUACAAAGUACCCCUUUCUCAGGAGAUCACAAGAGAAGUAGGUUAUGAUCCCAAUAUGGGGAUGUUCCAGAGCAUUCCUCAUAAUGAUCCCAUCCGCGUUCUUGUUCGUAUCUAUGUGGUCAGGGCAACAGACCUACAUCCUGCUGAUAUCAAUGGAAAGGCCGAUCCAUACAUUGUCAUUAAGCUGGGCAAGUCAGAAAUCAAAGACAAAGAGAACUACAUCUCUAAGCAGCUAAACCCUGUGUUUGGGAAAUCCUUUGACAUUGAGGCCACCUUCCCUAUGGAGUCAAUGUUAACAGUCUCUGUUUAUGACUGGGAUUUGGUUGGCACAGACGACCUCAUUGGGGAGACAAAGAUCGACCUUGAGAAUCGGUUCUACAGCAAGUACAGAGCAACCUGUGGCAUUGCGUCAAGCUACUCAGUGCAUGGAUACAACAUCUGGAGGGACCCUAUGAAACCCAGCCAGAUCCUAGCAAGGCUUUGCAAGGAAGGGAAGGUUGAUGGACCUCAUUAUGGACCAGGAGGCAAAGUCAAAGUGGCAAAUCGAAUUUUUACUGGACCAACAGAAAUAGAGGAUGAAAAUGGUCUGAAGAAGCAGACAGAGGAGCAUUUAGCCCUGAUCGUGUUGAAUCACUGGGAGGAAAUUCCUCGUGUUGGCUGCAAGCUCGUUCCUGAACAUGUGGAGACCAGGCCCCUUCUUAACCCAGACAAGCCAGGGAUCGAACAGGGUCGCAUUGAGAUGUGGGUGGACAUGUUUCCAAUGGAUAAGGCCGCUCCUGGACCUGCAAUCGACAUAUCACCACGGAAACCAAAGAGAUAUGAGCUCAGGGUGAUAAUUUGGAAUACUGAUGAAGUAAUACUGGAAGACGAUGAUUACUUCACUGGGGAAAAGUCCAGUGACAUAUUUGUCCGGGGAUGGUUGAAAGGGCAGCAGGAAGACAAACAAGACACAGAUGUGCAUUACCACUCCCUGACCGGUGAGGGCAACUUCAACUGGCGCUUCGUCUUCCCCUUUGAUUACCUUGUAGCUGAGGAGAAAAUCGUAAUCUCUAAGAAGGAGUCCAUGUUCUCCUGGGAUGAGACUGAAUACAAGAUCCCUCCUCGUCUCACGCUGCAGGUCUGGGAUGCUGACCACUUUUCAGCGGAUGACUUCCUGGGUGCUAUUGAGUUGGACCUGAACAGGUUCCCCCGUGGGGCAAAAACUGCCAAGCAGUGCACCCUCAGCAUGAUCCGAAAUGAGCAGGAACUUCCCACCAUUUCUAUCUUCAAGCAGAAAAGGGUCAAAGGCUGGUGGCCUUUUGUGGCACGUGAUGAGAACGACGAGAUGGAGCUCACAGGCAAAGUUGAGGCUGAGCUUCACCUUGUCACUGCAGAGGAAGCGGAGAAAACUCCUGUUGGACUGGGAAGAAAUGAACCAGAUCCGCUGGAGAAACCCAACCGUCCAGACACCACCUUCCUGUGGUUCCUGAGCCCGUUGAAGGCCAUCCGCUACCUGGUGUGCAACCGCUACAAGUGGCUGAUCAUCAAAGUCGUGUUGGCCUUGCUCCUGCUCGUCCUGAUUGGCCUCUUCCUCUACAGCAUGCCGGGUUACCUCGUGAAGAAACUUCUUGGAGCUUAGAGCAACACUGGGAGGAAGGGGAGGAUUAAUGGUGGGAGGUGUGGGGGGUACUGUCCUAGUGGAACGGAGAAAAACUCCUCUCCUUCCUCUCUGUACUUUUGAACUCCACUUGCUGUUUUAACACUAAAGAGAACUGACCAAACAGCAAUCUUUAACAUCAACAUAACCCCUGAUUUAUGCUUCUUUAAAAUGUUUUUAAUGAAUUUUUCUUUACCUGUUUGCUCAGAGUUCUAUUCAUGAAUGUGACAAACUGUCGGGAUAGUGGCCAGAUCAUUGCAUAGGGAUUCUUGAUAAAACUUUGCUCCCUUCUGUUUGAGCAUUUAAAAGAAAUUCAUUAACAUGAAGGGAAUAGCUGUGUACUCUACGAUACGCAGUAGUUGCAAACACCCCAGAAGUAAAAUUGAGCUUUUUAUUUUAUACUUUUAUUAAACUCUAAUAUCUUUAUAUAUUUUACUUCAAAGAAUACAGUGCUCUUAAAAAGUUUUUGUCGACCCAUAGAUUUCUCUUGCUGUUGUAUUUUUGUCAAUCAAAUCUGGAAAUCAGACAAGGAACUCA